AUGGAUUCGAAUGCUGUAGAAAUCCUAAACACAGAAGCUAAUUCCGCAGAAGAAGAAGUCGCCAUUAUCCCUUCUUUUCUACCCAUCGCCUCUCUAUCUCUCUCCUUCUUUCCCAGCUCCACCCAGUUUCUCAUUAACCCCAGAUUCUCUCGUCUCUUCUCUCGUCACCCAAACAAGGUUAAGAUCCCUACGCAAGCCUCUUCCCUCACCCAUCUCUCCCUCUCUUCUCCUCCGCCUUCCAGAAUCUCCUUCAAAUCCACCAUCUCCGCUACCCCUCUCCAGUCCCCUCUCUCCAUCGCCCCUCGCCGUCCCGUCGAUCCUUCCUCCGCCGCCGCUCUCCGCCGCGCUGCCGUCGUCUGGUUCCGCAAUGACCUCCGCGUCCACGACAACGAGUGCCUCAACUCCGCCAACGACGAGUGCGUCUCCGUCUUGCCCGUUUACUGCUUCGACCCUAGAGACUAUGGCAAAUCCUCUUCCGGGUUCGACAAAACGGGGCCUUUCCGUGCCCAGUUCCUGAUCGAGUCCGUCUCUGAGCUCCGGAAGAAUCUCCAGGCGAGAGGGUCGAAUCUCGUCGUCCGGGUCGGGAAACCCGAAUCUGUUCUGGUGGAAUUGGCCAAGGAAAUCGGAGCCGACGCGAUUUAUGCUCACAGGGAAGUGUCUCAUGACGAGGUCAAGGCGGAAGGGAAGAUAGAGACGGCCAUGAAGGAGGAAGGCGUUGAAGUGAAGUACUUUUGGGGAAGCACUCUCUAUCAUCUCGACGAUUUACCAUUCGAAAUCCAAGAUUUGCCCUCAAACUACGGAGCAUUCAAGGACAGAGUCCAGAAACUGGAGAUUAGGAAGACAAUCGCAGCACUUGAUCAAUUGAAAAGCUUGCCCUCUCGAGGAGACGUACAACUUGGCGACAUUCCUUCUCUGCUGGAUCUCGGCAUUAACCCAAGUGCUAGGACCAGCCAGGAAGGGAAACAGACAAUGAUUGGAGGAGAGACAGAGGCGUUGAAUAAGCUAAAGAGCUUUGCAGCGGAUUGUAAAGCACGAUUGACCAAGGGGAACCAGAAAGGAGGCAAUAACAGUGUGUUUGGUGCUAACUUCUCUUGCAAGAUAUCACCUUGGUUAGCCAUGGGAAGCAUCUCUCCUCGUUCCAUGUUCGAUGAGCUGAAGAAAACAAUUUCUGCAUCCUCAACUCCAAGGAACGGACCGGGAGAUACCGGACUUAACUGGUUAAUGUAUGAGCUGCUAUGGAGGGAUUUCUUCAGGUUUAUAACCAAGAAGUACAGCUCGGCAAAGACGCAGCUCGAGGCUGGUCCUGCUACAGCCUGUACCGGCGCUCUUGCUUAA